CCCCUUCUGGUCACAUGUCCUCUACUACUGCUGAGCCCCGCCCACUCCAGUCACAUGACCAACCUCGCAGGUCCUUCAACAACAAUCUCUUCUAUCCUGCUGAGCUCCGCCCCCGCAUGUACUGGUCACAUGAUUGUGACAUCAUCACAGGUCCUACACCUCCCCCAGCUAGCAGAUCCAGAGAAGGUCCUGGACGGGCAGUUCCUGGUAAAGAGAUUAAAUGAGGAGGGGCUGACCCAGUUGUCUCCUCUUCUCCUGAAUGAUCCCCCAAGGAUGGACAAGGACAGGAAUGAGAUGACUAAGAGAAUAUUACACUUCACCUUGGAGAUCCUCCACCUGCUGACCGGAGAGGAUUACACCAUAGUGAAGAAGACAUGGGGGGAGUGUGUGGCCCCCAGCAGCCAUCUCCAUGAGUCAGGAGGACGGAGCAGGCCCCGGGGCCCCAUCACAGAGCCUCCACCUCACUCACCGAUACAUGAGAAGAUCCUAGAACUCACCCACAGGAUCACUGAGCUGCUGACUGGAGAGGUUCCUAUAAGGUGUCAGGAUGUUGCGGUCUAUUUCUCCAUGGAGGAGUGGGAGUAUGUAGAAGGACACAAGGAUCUGUACCAGGACAUAGUCAUGAUGGAGGAUCACCGGCCCCUCACAUCACAAGAUGGAGUCAUUGAUAGAAAUCCACCCGAGAGGUGUCCCCGCCCUCUGUAUUCCCAGGACUGUCCUGAGGGAAAUGUCCCAGAGAAGCAUCAGGCUGAAGAUCUGAUGGAUAUUAAGGCUGAGGUUAAAAAUGAACCAGAAGAGGAGACGGAUUUCGGGGCCGAUCAGCAGUAUGGAGUCAUUGAUAGAAAUCCACCCGAGAGGUGUCCCCGCCCUCUGUAUUCCCAGGACUGUCCAGAGGGAAAUGUCCCAGAGAAGCAUCAGGGGGGAGAUCUGACUAAUAAUAAAGUGGAGGAUGAAGAAGAGAGGAUGAGGGGCCAUCACCCGUGUAUGAGGGAAGUGAAGGAGGAAAUUCCAGGAGGUGUUACCCCAGUCCAAGCCGAAGACUAUUCAAAAGACGGAGGAAAUAUAAAGGAAGAGACGGAAAAUCCCAGUAAGAAUUCUGAGGGAAACUUCAUGUUAUCCCUGAAUGAUAAAGGAGAAGAUGAAGAUAUGAUGGAGCGCUCCUCAGGAGAAGACCUCCUUACCCCUAAUGUCCAUCCAGAUCUAUCCUAUAAUAAUCCACCUGAUCAUGAGGAACCUUCUCCUGACCAACCACACAUUGUUACCACAAGGACAGAGCAGGAAGGGGAGGAAAGGAAUCAUUAUGGUGAAUGUGAAAAAGUGUUUAUAAAUAGCUCAAGUCUUGUUAGGAAUGAGAGAAGGGACAUAAGGAAGCCAUAUUCGUGUUCAGAAUGUGGAAAAUGUUUUACACAAAAAUCUAAUCUGGUUACACAUGGGAGAGGUCACACAGGAGAGAAGCCUUAUUCAUGUUCAGAAUGUGGGAAAUGUUUUACACGAAAAUCAAAUCUUGUUAGACAUGUGAGAACUCACACAGGAGAGAAGCCAUAUUCAUGUUCAGAAUGUGGGGAAUGGUUUACAAGUAGAUCGCAACUUGUAAUACAUGAAAGAAUUCAUACAGGAGAGAAGCCAUUUAUAUGCUCAGAAUGUGGAAAAUGGUUUACAAGUAAAUCACAUCUUGUUGUACAUGAGAGAAUCCACACAGGAGAGAAGCCACAUUCUUGUCCAGAAUGUGGAAAAAGUUUUACACAAACAUCAGAUCUUGUUAAACAUCAGAGAAGUCACACAGGAGAGAAACCAUAUUCAUGUCCAGAAUGUGGAAAAUGCUUUUCACGAAAAUCAGAUCUGGUUAUCCAUAAGAGAAACCACACUGGGGAGAAGCCAUAUUCAUGUCCAGAAUGUGGAAAAUGUUUUAUAAAAAAUUCAGAUCUUGUUAACCAUAAGAGAAGUCACACAGGAGAGAAGCCAUUUGCAUGUCCCGAAUGUGGAAAAUCUUUUACAGAAAAAUCAUAUCUUGACAAACAUAAGAGAAGUCACACAGGAGAGAAGCCAUAUUCAUGUUCAGAAUGUGGGAUAUGUUUUACAAUGAAAUCUAAUCUUGUUAGACAUCAGAGAAUUCACACAGGAGAUAAGGCAUAUUCAUGUUCAGAAUGUGGGAAAUGCUAUACACAGAAAUUAGAUCUUGUUACACAUAAGAGAAGUCACACAGGAGAUAAGCCAUAUUCAUGUUCAGAAUGUGGAAAAUGUUUUACUCAAAAAUCCAAUCUUGUAAAACAUGAGAAAAAUCACACAGGGGAUAAGCCAUAUUCAUGCCCAGAAUGUGGAAAAUUCUUUUCACACAAAUCAGAUUUUGUUACACAUGAGAGAAUUCACACAGGAGAGAAGCCUUAUUCAUGUACAGAAUGUGGAAAAUGUUUUGCAGUAAAAGCAAAUCUUGUUCGACAUGAGAGAACUCACACAGGAGAAAAGUUGUAUUUAUGUUCAGAAUGUGGUAAAUGUUUUACACAAAAUUCACAUCUUGUUAAACAUAAAAGAAGUCACACAGGAGAGAAGCCGUAUUCAUGUUCAGAAUGUGGGAAAUGUUUUAUAGUGAAAUCGCUGCUUGGUGUUCAUAGGAGAAUUCACAUGCAGAAGAUUGUGAACUGCGACGUUUCAACCUGCUCAAUGAGGUCUUUUUCAAAUGGAGUGUGCCCGUUCCCUGUGUCAUGUGAUACCUUCUUAGAUGGAGUGUGCCCGUUCCCUGUGUCAUGUGACACCUCCUUAGAUGGAGUGUGCCCGUUCCCCGUGUCAUGUGAUGCCUCCUUAGAUGGAGUGUGCCCGUUCCCCGUGUCAUGUGAUACCUCCUUAGAUGGAGUGUGCCCGUUCCCCGUGUCAUGUGAUACCUCCUUAGAUGGAGUUUGCCCGUUCCCCGUGUCAUGUGACACCUCCUUAGAUGGAGUUUGCCCGUUCCCCGUGUCAUGUGAUACCUCCUUAGAUGGAGUGUGCCCGUUCCCCGUGUCAUGUGAUACCUCCUUAGAUGGAGUGUGCCCGUUCCCGGUGUCAUGUGACACCUCCUUAGAUGGAGUGUGCCCGUUCCCGGUGUCAUGUGACACCUCCUUAGAUGGAGUAUGCCCGUUCCCUGUGUCAUGUGACACCUCCUUAGAUGGAGUGUGCCCGUUCCCGGUGUCAUGUGACACCUCCUUAGAUGGAGUAUGCCCGUUCCCUGUGUCAUGUGACACCUCCUUAGAUGGAGUGUGCCCGUUCCCUGUGUCAUGUGACACCUCCUUAGAUGGAGUGUGCCCGUUCCCUGUGUCAUGUGACACCUCCUUAGAUGGAGUGUGCCCGUUCCCCGUGUCAUGUGACACCUCCUUAGAUGGAGUGUGCCCGUUCCCUGUGUCAUGUGACACCUCCUUAGAUGGAGUGUGCCCGUUCCCCGUGUCAUGUGAUACCUCCUUAGAUGGAGUGUGCCCGUUCCCGGUGUCAUGUGAUGUCGAUUACACCAUAGUGAAGAAGACAUGGGGGGAGUGUGUGGCCCCCAGCAGUCAUCUCCAUGAGUCAGGAGGACGGAGCAGGGCCCGGGGCCCCAUCACGGAGCCUCCACCUCACUCACUGAUACAUGAGGAGAAGAUCCUAGAACUCAUCCACAGGAUCACUGAGCUGCUGACUGGAGAGGUUCCUAUAAGGUGUCAGGAUGUGGCGGUCUAUUUCUCCAUGGAGGAGUGGGAGUAUGUAGAAGGACACAAGGAUCUGUACCAGGACAUAGUCAUGAUGGAGGAUCACCGGCCCCUCACAUCACAAGAUGGAGUCAUUGAUAGAAAUCCAACCGAGAGGUGUCCCUGUCCUCUGUAUUCCCAGGACUGUCCAGAGGGAAAUGUCCCAGAGAAGCAUCAGGGGGGAGAUCUGACUAAUAAUAACGUGGAGGAUGAAGAAGAGAGGAUGAGGGGCCAUCACCCGUGUAUGAGGGAAGUGAAGGAGGAAAUUCCAAGAGGUGUUACCCCAGAAAAUCCUGAAAAUAGCUCUGAGGGAAACUUCAUGUUAUCCCUGAAUGAUAAAGGAGAAGAUGAAGAUAUGAUGGAGCGCUCCUCAGGAGAAGACCUCCUUACCCCUAAUGUCCAUCCAGAUCUAUCCUAUAAUAAUCCACCUGAUCAUGAGGAACCUUCUCCUGACCAACCACACAUUGUUACCACAAGGACAGAUCAGAAUGGUAGAAAAAUAAUCAAAUGUGACGAAUGUGGAAAAUGUUUUAUGAUUAAAUCCCAUCUUGUUGUACACAGAAGAAUUCACACAGGAGAGAAGCCAUAUUCAUGUUCGGAAUGUGGAAAAAGUUAUAUUAAACAAUCAAGUCUUGGCAAACAUAAGAAAAUUCACACAGGAGAGAAGCCACAUUCAUGUUUGGAAUGUGGAAAAUGUUUUACGGAUAAAUCCCAUCUUGUUGCCCACCGAAGAAUUCACACAGGAGAGAAGCCACAUUUGUGUUCAGAAUGUGGGAAACGUUUUACUGAAAAAUCCCAUCUUGUUAGACAUCAGAGGAGUCACACAGGAGAGAAGUCCUAUUCAUGUUCAGAAUGUGGGAAAUGUUUUAUAGAUAAUUCCCAUCUUGAUAUACACAGAAGAAGUCACACUGGAGAGAAGCCGUAUUCUUGUUUAGAAUGUGGGAGAUGUUUCACAAAUAAAUCAGAUCUUGGUAGACAUCAGAGAAUUCACACAAGAGAGAAACCAUAUUCAUGUUCAGAAUGUGGGAAACAUUUUGUACAGAAAUCACAUCUUAUUUCACACGAGAGAAGUCACACAGGAGAGAAACCGUAUUCAUGUUCGGAAUGUGGAAAAUGUUUUACAAAAAAAUCAGAUCUUGGUAAACAUGAGAGAACUCACACAGGAGAGACGCCGUAUUCAUGUUCAGAAUGUGGAAAAUGUUUUACAAAAAAAUCAGAUCUUGGUAAACAUAAGAGAAGUCACAAGGUAUCCCUCAAUGUAUGAGAAUAAUUUGUGUCCUUGUAAUUUAGAAAAACUUUUUACAUGUCACAGAAACACAUCUCAAAAGUUUUUUCAUAUCGCAGGGAGACUUCAAUUACUACGGACAAGCGCAGGAUAAGUUUACUGGGGCAGCCUAGGGCACUUUGGCCUAGAAACAGAUGCUCCAGUUCUCAGGCCUUCACCAACUAUGAGGUUAAAGGGGUACUCCGGCGCUA